AAAGCUGUUGUCGACACAAGGUUAAGUCGCUAUACGUCUCUCUGUUGCACUUUUUAAGACGGUUUUAUAGUCUUCUUUCUUUAGUUCCCAAUUUACCGCUAAAUAUUAGGCAAUAUUGCUCGUUGGAACAUUACCUUACAUUAUUUGGAAUAUAGUCAACAUGCUACUAAACGGCCAACUAUACACAGUUAGAAACAAGUGGAAAUAUUGUGUUCUUUUGCUAGACGAGUGUGGUUGUUUAAAGAUAAUAUGAACUUACAUCACUGUACAUUACUGUAUCUAUUAGUAAUACUAUUCCACGUAUCAAGCAGUUUACCCAGUGGACAUCAGAGUGCACCUAUCAUAAAACCAUUUGGAAGCGCAUUAGAUACUGUAGAAAAUGGGAUUACUAAUGUAGCUAAGUCUAAAGCAAUUUCACCAGGUUUUCCAGACUCUGGAAGAACUCGGGCUGUAUUGGAACUGCAAUCUAAAGAAUCUGCACCGCUACAACUUGAUAACAAGUAUGGAACACUCCAAGAAUUUGUUGCCCGAAUAUUUAAUCCCAAACCUGUUGUGGAUACUGCUCAAGAGUAUGAAAAGUACGGCAAUGAUGCAGCCACUCAAAAUCGAAUUGCACAUUUAUUUAUAGGAGGAGUAGAAGGGUUUUCGAAUGUUUUAAAUGCAGCUGUGGAGGUUCCAUUUAUUGCAACGAAACAAUUUGGAAAAACAUUGACUACUUCACUUAAUACUUUUGGUGGAAAAUUAGUGGGUUUGUCGUAGAUGGUCUUGAAAAUCUUGCUUCCAUCAAGAUUAUCUUGAAAAAAAAAUAGGUGGCAGUAUUCAACAGUAGACAAGAGUUGUUACUGAUUAUUCUAGUCUGUCGUGUAAUUAGUUUAGUUAAGAUUUAAAUAUUAUACCUAGAUAUUAUCUUUAAAAUUGUGUUUCGUUUAAACUUAAUCUGUUGCACUCAGCAACUGUCAUUUAUAAAAUACGGACCUGUGAAUUAAGCCUUUAUGAAUUAUUGGUUUAGGAAAUGAUAAAAAAAUGUUAAAUUUAA